AUGGGUAGCAUUGGUGUUCAGCAAGUCCCUCCAGCUCAGGAUGCCUUGUAUGAGAUUGAGGACCAUCCAUUAGGCGAAGCUCGCUACUUGAAGGUGCUAUGCAUAGGUGGAGGCGCCACAGGUCUCAAUCUAGCUCACCAAUUUAACCGACAUCUGAAGAAUGUCGAGCUCGUCAUCUACGAAAAGAACCCCAGACUGGGCGGCACUUGGUACGAGAAUACCUAUCCUGGCUGCGCUUGCGACAUUCCGUCUCAUAUUUACCAAUUUCUCUGGUCGCUCAAUCCUGAUUGGAGUUUGUUCUAUGCUACUGCUCCUGAAAUCUACAAGUAUAUGGAAGAUACCGCUAAAAGAUUCGACCUCGAGAAAUACAUUCAAGUUAACCACAAAGUUACACAUGCUCAAUGGGUCGAAGAGGAAGGGAUCUGGAAGAUCAAAGUUCUGAACACCGCCACAAGCGAAGAGUUUGAAGAUUGGGGCCACUACUUAGUCAACGCUGCCGGUUUCUUGAAUCAUUGGCGAUGGCCGGAUAUUAGUGGACUAAAAUCCUUCAAAGGCGAACUCCUACAUUCGGCUCAGUGGAGACAGGAGGUUGAUCUGAAGCAAAAGCGUGUUGCCGUCAUUGGCAACGGUUCUUCAGGCAUUCAACUGGUGACAGCAUUACAACCGGAAGCUAGUCAUCUAACUACGUUCAUCCGCAAUCCGACCUGGAUUUCAACAUCGUACGCCCAAAAGUUCGCCGGUCCGAACGGCGCCAAUUUUGAGUACAGCCAAGAGCAGAGAGACGAGUUUCGCAACAAUGCCGAAAAAUUCCUAGCCUACCGCAAGGAGAUUGAGGCCGAAAUGAAUGGAGGCUUUGCUUUUGCAUUCGAAGAUUCAGCUGAGCAGUUAAUGGCCGUUAAUUACAUCACAGAUGUCAUGAGAACGCGACUGGGUCCUAAGCACAAGGAGCUAGCCGACAAGCUUAUCCCCACGACAUUUGGAUUCGGCUGUAGGCGACCAACUCCCGGUACUGGCUACUUGGAGGCCCUUACCAAGGAGAACGUGACUGUCGAGCUCGAUAGUCUCGCGGAAGUGACUGAGACAGGCAUCCGAACGAAGUCUGGUACCUUCUACGAGCUCGACGCUAUCAUCUGCGCCACGGGCUUCGAGACCUCAUGGCGCCCACGGUUUCCCAUCAUUGGCCGCAACAAUGCCGACCUAACAGAGCAGUGGAAGUCCCGCGCCACCGCAUACCUGUCAUUUGGCGUCCACAACUUUCCCAACUAUUUCCUGGUCAUGGGCCCUAAUUCUCCACUCACUCAUGGUUCUGCGCUGCCUAGUAUCGAACAUCUGACUAAGUAUCUUGUCCGCCUGCUGUACAAGUUCCAGACCCAGAACUACAAGUCGGUCGAACCCUACGAGGAAGCCGUUAAGGACUUCAUCCAGCAUUCUGACACGCUAAUUAUGAAGACAGUUUGGGGUGGCCGAUGUCGAUCAUGGCUCAAGGGUGGCAAGGACGAAGGCCCCGCGCUUUCUCACCCAGGAAGCCGUCUGCAUUGGUUUCAGAUGCUGCUUGAGCCUCGUUGGGAGGACUUCAAAUGGACGCGUAUCUCAGAGAAUAGGUUCGCCUAUCUGGGCAAUGGCCAUUGUACAAUGGAUGCGGAAGGCAAGGACAAAGCUUGGUACAUGGACAACCCGGAUCUCGGAUACGAAAGCAUCAUAUAUUAG